UACACCAAGACCAAACACUCUCUUCUUCUCCCCAUCAAGAAGAUCAGAGGAUUCCCGUUAGUGGACUAAGGAGGCUUGGUUGAGGAAGAUCAUGUUGCAUCCAGGGUCGUGCUCUUAGAAGUAUCGCCCGGCCAAAGUUCGUCUUUCAGAUUCCGCAUCAAGAUCCGGACGGUCUACAUCGUGAAAUCAGGUAACUCUAUCAACCUUUGAUAAUCUGACAAGAUGAUGGAUUCCGGGGAAUUACAUAGGCUAAAGUUUAAUUCCAACAAAAAACCUCAUAUAUGAUAAUUUUUCAAAAUCUUCAUUUUCCUUGUAAGCCCUAGUGUGUUACAUGGCCCACCUAGCCACCUCUCUUCUUGAUCAUGGUCAUGGUCAUGGUCAUGGAUGCCGCCUUUCUUUCUUCUCGCUCUCUUUUGCUGCUUUCCCCGACCCACCGAACCUCUCGCUAGCCCCCGGCUCUUCCCUUUCUGAUAAUUAUUUGCUUUUUUUACGUUUCUUCAUUUGUUUUAAAUAACUUAUCGGCUUCUAUUAACGAAAUGAAAACAGAAACUAUAAAAGAAAAAAAUGAUGAAACAAGUUGAUGACUAAUUACUAUUAUUUGGCGUCAACAAAAAACCAGAUCAGAAACCACCUUUGGCUUGUAUAAAGAAAAAAACAACAGAACUCGAAAGGAGGAGAAGGAACCAUAAUCGUUGUUCCCUAAUACAAAUAGUAAUAAAUAAAAGUUAUUAUAGCAAAAAGCAAGCCUUCAAAAGGAGACUCUGUAAGGUGAGAACAAUGAGAAGGAGAAAUUUGAAACCCAAGAAGCCCCCCAGCUCGGUCUCCCAAGUUUUGAAUUUCUCUUCUCCUUCAUUUCACAUCGAACGGUUCUUCUUUUGUGGAUUGAAAAAUAAAGGAGCACCGCCACCAAGCCGUGCUCAUCGUAGGACGCAAAGCGAUUCAGGUGCCUUUCUAUUCGUUCAGGUUUCAUGCUUGUUCAUCGCUAAAGAAGUUUUGUGUCCUUUAGAGUUUUUUUUUUUAAUCAUGAAUUUCCAUAAAUGAAACAAAAACUUGGAAGUGGGAUCUCCAUUUUUAUAUUUAUCUUUGUGGGCAUGAAAGUGGUGAAAAGAAUCUAACCCAGAAGCUAUAACAUAAAUGAGAAUUACCCCGAUCAAAAAUCUUAAAUUUUUAUUUAUGUAUUUAUCGAAGCGUUACGAGUCAUUCAAAAAUAACAUAAAUGAGAAUUACCCCAGAAGCCAUAACAUAAAUGAGAAUUACCCCGAUCAAAAAUCUUAAAUUUUUAUUUAUGUAUUUAUCGAAGCGAGUCAUUCAAAAAUAUCAUUUACAACCUAUCAUUUUAAUGGAUGUAUUUCGUACAAGAUCGUAUAUGUUGACGAUUUCUUCUACAAAAACUUCAUUUUAUUUUGAAAUUCAGUUCAUUCUGAAAGAUUGUUUGGUAUUUGAUCAUUUGAUUUUUCUGUUUCCAUGGAAAACUACUACAAGCAUGGACUAGUACCGGUUGUAUGAGUAGGAACGAGAUAGGAUCAAAUUGAUUACAUUUGAAUUGAUUAAUUCCGGCCGCGGUGGUGGGUGACUGGGACACAUGUCUGUAUUGAAUAUUGAUGCUGAUUUGAUUUGAUUUGAUUACAGUAAUUGUGGAAAAUUCAAUUUCUUGCAGCUUUGAUUAGACAGGCAAUAGACCAAGAACCUCAGGGCCAGGGCGAACCCGAAUCAUAUAAAGGAGACCGAGGGGGCGGCGUCAAAAUGGCGGACUCACCACUAGCAUCAUCUCCUUCACCUUCCGCGUUCGACGGAACUGCUUCUCCCAUGGAAAGCCUUCUGGGUUUGCUCCGUAUCCGAAUCAAACGCGGGGUCAACCUCGCCGUCCGCGAUGUUCGCAGCAGCGACCCUUACUGCGUCGUCAGAAUGGGCAAACAGAAACUGAAGACUAGAGUUAUAAAGAAGGAUGUGAAUCCCGAGUGGAACGAAGAUUUAACUCUUUCUGUUACAGACCCAGAGCUUCCAGUCAAGCUGACUGUUUAUGACCACGACACAUUCACCUUAGAUGACAAAAUGGGGGAUGCGGAAUUCGACAUCAAACCUUUCAUGGAUGCAUUAAAGAUGAACGUGUCAGGCCUACCAAACGGCACCAUAAUCAACAAAAUGCACCCGGGCAGGCAAAACUGUUUGGCGGAUGAGACCUGCAUUACAUGUGUUGAUGGCAAAGUUGUCCAAGAUAUGUGCCUCAGAUUGAGAAACGUGGAAUGUGGUGAAGUUGAGCUCCAGUUACAGUGGAUUGACCUCCCCGGCUCAAAGGGCUUUUGAAAUGCACCAUAAACAGAAGAAGCAGAAGCAGUGGUCUGUUUCAGAGACUUGAAGCCGAGAUGGUCUGUCUAUCACCAGAAGCAUAUCUUUCUUUAUACACACACCAUGGUUGCGGUUGCUAGUAUCCUGUUGAUUUUGGCGAUGCAGGUUACACCACCAUAUUGUUCAUAGGUUGUGCUGUACCGAGCUGAAGAUCGAUCUCAUUAAUGGUCUUUUUCUUCCUCGUUUAAAUUGUGAUUGGUGUACCAAUUAGUCCAUACCUGGCGUAAUUAUAUGUCUUGGAUGUUCCUGUUAUUAUCAGUCAACUAGGAUUUGAACUUGGAAAGACAGAUGAUAUGUUGCAAACGGAAUUAUGUUUGAAGAAGCUGAAAAUGAUGGUGUUACAUGAAGAUUAUAUAUAUAUACAUAUACAUAUAAAGUGUAACCAUUUCA